UACACACAGACGUGCUCGUGCUGUGUUUUGCAGGGGACAGGAAGAAAGUUCAUAUUGAAGAAUUCUGAUUUGAAGUUCAUCAACUACCUCACAUUUAAAAGGAUAACGAUGCUUACCUUUGGCAUAACGAUAGUUCGACAGUAAGUGUGCAUUAUUCAGAAGAUACUAGCGGUCGAUUCAUUACUAUUCAGUGUAUGUCUGUUUCCAUUUGCAAUGCAACUGUAGACUGUAGCCCGAUACUGUUGCUACAUACAGUGAAUGGUUAUUGACAAGGUGCACGUCAAAAACGGGUGAAUGCUUAUCAUAGUACAAUUUAGAAUUUGAAUGGCUUUCAUGCUAUCAGUGCACGGCCACCGCACAGACGCUCUACGCUGAGCUGGUGUCGCAUUACUCGUCUCCAGCGGCUGGAGUGAACGUCCAGAUAAAGUGGUGAAACAGAAUGGAAUAAAAAAGGCCUCCUACAAGGCCAGGCGAUAGACUCGUCUCUAUCAGACAUAGGGAUGCAGCAGGCAGAGGCUGCAGGAAAAUAUCUCAAAGACGUCAAGUUCACCAACGUGUUUGUCAGUGACAUGGCCCGUGCCCGCCAGACUUGCGAAACAAUUGUAAAACACAACAGUAGUUGCUCUGGCCUAGAAAUUGUGACCGAUCCAUCGCUUAAAGAGAGGAGUUUUGGGAGUGCCGAGGGGGGCUUGGUGGUGGACAUGAAGAACAUGGCUACAGCGGCUGGUCAAUCGUGGCUGGACUUCACUCCUCCAGGGGGAGAGACUAUAGAACAGAUGAAGAUGCGGAUCAAAGAGUUUCUGGAGCACCUGUUCCAGCGCAUGGUGGCUGACCACUGCAGACCAGGACAGAGGGAGACAGGGAUGCCAGAGGGGGCUCUCGCAGGCAAGCCAGACGAUGGGACCAGAGAUGUUCCUGCCCAUGCCCUGGUGGUCAGCCAUGGGGCCCUCAUACGUGUGGCCAUGCGCUACCUUGUGGACGAGCUAAAGUGUCCUUUACCCCAGGGGUUGGACAUGUCCCAUGUGAUCGCUCUCUGUCCCAACACGGGCAUAUGUCGGUUUAUCUUCACUGUGACCAAAGGGGAUGCGGGCAUCACCCUCUCAGCCAUCCGCUGUGUCUUCAUCAACAGGUGCGAGCACAUCUAAGAGGAGGGGUAGAGUGGAGGGGGUUGAAGGAAAUAAUCUCCUGGUUCACACUAUAGGGCCGACUAGAACCGUACUGUGCUGUUUAGGAUAUUUUCUUUUCACAUUGUCCUUUCUAGCAUGGUUCCAGCAACUAUGGUAGAUAGGCAAAGUGGUACUGGGCUGGCCUGACUCGCCUUGGCCUCUUGAGUGUGAAUGGGGCUGACUAAGAUAUACAGACUCCACAUAGGAAUCUGGUUGAGUUAUUGAAAAUUAUUUUAAGGCAUACACUACCGGUCAAAAGUUUCAUAACACCUACACAUUCAAGGGUUUUCUUUCUUUCUUUUUUUUUUGUUACUAUUUUCUACAUUGUAGAAUAAUAGUGAAGACAUCAAAACUAUGAAAUAACA